CAUGCUGGAAUUUCCUGCUCUGGCUUCACUGGAGUCUGGAGAGUUUCGUCCAAAACUCCACCGUUGCUCCAGGAUGAAGGUGUGGUUCCUCCUGCUCUGCAUUUUCGGUGCGACCUGGAGGUCGGAUGCCCGCUCUCGAACGUACCUGAUCACGGCGCCUCAUUUGCUGCGGCUGGAUGCCGUGGAGUCGGUGGUGGUGCGGCUCUUUGGUUUCUCUGAAGAUGUGCAGGUAUUCAUCUUCAUAAAGACUUCCAUGGCUUUGGACCACAUGGUUCUGUCCCGGGAUGUGGUGACCCUCGGCCAACACAACCAGCACCAGGCUGCCGCCAGAAUCCGGCUCCUGCCCAGUCAGCUGUCCCCGGACGUGAGGCACGUGAUCCUUCACGUCCAAUCAGCAGAGAUCAACCAGCACGUGCCGCUUGCUGUCAGUCGCACCAAUGGCUUCCUCUUCCUCCAGACAGACAAACCACUGUACACACCGCAUCAGAGUGUCCGAGUGCGAGCGUUCUCUCUGAACCAGGAGCUCCGGCCCGCUAAUCGCAGCGUCUCCCUCACCUUCAAGGACCCCGACCACCAGACUGUUGACGUGGUCCAGCUGAUCGACGCCAACACCGGAAUCCUUAGUCUUGAAGACCCUUUCAAGAUCCCCAUCAACCCCAAGUUGGGGAUGUGGAGCGUGGAGGCGCUCUACUCGGGGGACUUCAACACGCUAGCAAGGACCGACUUUGAAGUGAAGGAAUAUGUUCUGCCCAGUUUAGCCAUCCGGAUCGAGCCGGACGUCCACUUCAUCAGCUCCAGCAACUUUCGGCGCUUCAGCUUCAGAGUGACGGCCAGGUAUCUUCACGGCGCACCAGUGUCCAACGCUGGAGUGGUCCUGCACUUCGGAUACGUCGGCGACACGGCUGAGCCGGUCAUUGACCCCACCUCCGCCAUGAGACAGCGACUCCAGUCCUCUGGGGACCUUGCCAUGAGUGUCAACAUCGAAAACCUUCUGCAGAUGAAUCUUGACAGUCUUCUGGAGAAACAUCUUUACAUCGGAGUCCUGGUGCAGGAGGACACAGGUGGCAUCUCUCAGGAGUCAAAGUUGACUUCUGUGAAGUUCGUCAAGUCUCCAUAUCGACUCAGUCUAGUGUCCACGUCUAACUUCAUCAAACCCGGCCUGUCCUACGGGAUCCAGGUGUUGGUGAAGGACCACAGGGACCGGCCAGUGAGCCGGGUGCCGGUCCGCUUGUCGCAGCGGCAGCUGUUCCGGGCGUCGGGGGGGAGUGAGGAGAUGAUGUGCACCUCCGGCAGCAGAAGCCAAUCCGACGGCAUCGCCGUGUUCACCUGCAACACCAUGGCCGAUGCCAUCAGGGCCACCCUGGAGUUUGAGACGGCUGACCAGGCCCUCCCGCCUGACAAUCAAGCCCACCUGAGCCUGAAGCCGGUGGCCUACCACUCACCGAACCAGCGCUACCUGCUCAUUGACCCACCAAUACCGGGCACCCUGCUGGUUGGCCAGCAGGCCCAUAUCCAAGUCUACUGGUCCAUGCCAGUCCUGGUGCCUGUCCAUGACCUGGGCUACCUGGUGCUCUCCCGGGGAACCGUGGUCCACUUUGGCACGAAGGAAUUCGUCUCCAGCCCGGACCACAAACUCACCCUCAGCUUCCCGGUGACGGCGGCCAUGGUGCCGUCGGUCCGCCUGCUGGUCUACCUCAUGGCGGACGCGGAGAGGACACCCGAGCUGGUAACAGACUCCAUCUGGCUGCGUGUUCAAGACAAGUGCGUCAACGGUCUCCAGACGGAACUCUCAAUCCAGCAAAUGGACUACAAACCGAAGGCAGUGCUGCAGCUGGACAUCAGGGCCACUCAGAGGGGUCUGGUUGCCCUGUCAGCCGUGGACACGGGGCUACUCAGUCUGAGGCCCAACUACAAAGACCCGGUCUCCAUGAUUCUUCAGCACAUUGACAAAAGUGACAUGGGCUGUGGCGGCGGUGGAGGCCGAGAUGCUGCGGAUGUCUUCCAACUGGCCGGUCUGACCUUCAUCACCAAUGCCAACUCCAGGCCGUCUACCAGUGAUAGUGGGUGUAAAGCAGCGACCCGGCGCCGAAGGUCUCCAACCCCAGAACAGAUCAAGGACAAAGUCAUGUCAUUUAUGAACCCUGACAUGCAAGAUUGCUGUGAGAAGGGCAUGGAACAGGUGCCCAAGUCCACCAGCUGCCAUGGAUUAGCCCAUAAGGUGACACAGCACACUCUUUGUCGCCUGGUCUUCCAGCAUUGCUGCGAGUUCUACCAGGGCACCCUGGACCAGCACCUGGCCCGACUCGACGAGCAAUAUAUGGACUUGGCCUCGCCUCCUUCUCUGGUUCGGAGUUAUUUCCCUGAGAGCUGGCUGUGGGAGGUCCAUCAAAUGAGGUCCGGCCAACUGUCCAUCACACAGACACUUCCGGACUCACUCACCACCUGGCAGGUCCGAGCCGUCGGCAUGUUCAGCACAGGUAUGUGCGUAGCGGACCCAGUCCAGGUCUCGACUCGGCUCGACAUCAGCGUGGUUGUCCCACUGCCCUACCAGGUGGUCAGAGGGGAACAGCUGGAGCUACAGGGUUCAGUAUACAACCAGAUGGGGAAGACUGUGAGGUUGCGCGUGGUUCUGUCAGUUGGCGCUGCCAUCUGCUUGCACGGGUCACAGUCAGUUGCAGGAGGGGCGGGGCUUCACGCCUCAGCCUCCGACUGGCAUUCGGUUCCAGAAGGGGGCGUGGCCCGGGUGUCCUUCACCCUGCUGGCUCUGGAGGCCGGUGAACACGCCCUGACGUUCACUCUACAGACUCACAGCGGUGCGGCUGAUGUCAUCGUCAAGAAGCUGCGUGUGGUGCCGGAGGGCGUGAAGCAAGAGUACUUCUACGGAGGCCGUCUGGACCCACAAGGCGUUUUCGGCUCUGAGAAGAGGACGGUGCUUCUGAAGAACAAGGUGCCGGCUGGCAUGGUUCCCCACACCGAGGUCCAGAGGAUGUUGACCAUUAAAGGAGAACUGCUGGGCGACACCCUGUCCAUCCUGCUGGACCCAGAGGGAGUUCGGCAGCUGGUCACCUUGCCUGGUGGGUCAGCAGAGGCGGAGCUUGCUAGGCUCCUCCCACUGGUACAGGUGUACCGGUACCUGGAGUCCACUGGGAGCUGGGGGUUGCUGGGGAGUGACAUCACAAAGAACGCUGCUGACGCCCGCCGGCAAAUCCGUGAAGGUCUGGUCAGCAUCAGCUCCUUCAGACGAGGAGACUCCAGCUACAGCAUGUGGAGGAGGAGAGAGGGCAGCACCUGGCUGACGGCGGAGGUGGUCCGUGCCAUGACGGCAGCAGACCCAUUGGUGUCAGUGGACCACCAGACCCUGUCAGACUCUGUGGCCUGGCUGAUCCGGGCCCGGCAACAGGUCGACGGGUCCUUUACCGAGAAGUCCACCUACAGGCCAAAUCGUGCGAUGGCGGAAGGGGCGGGGCCUCUGGAGAGAUCUGUUUACCUUACCUCCUUUGUUCUAGUGGCUCUGAUCCACUCGACCCGCAUCAGAGACCCAGUCCUGCAGCUGCAGUUCCAUGACAACAGCAUCAGGUCAGCCGUCAACUACGUCUCCCAGCAUGCCGCGGGUGUGAGGAGUGUGCAUGUGCGUGCAGCGGCCACCUAUGCUCUGACCCUGCAUGACCACAACAGUGUCAUCAGCAGCCAGCUGAUCUCCAGCUUGGAGACGGUGGCACGGCAGAAAGGUAGCCCCCCCGAGUACAGGUACUGGCAGGAGUCAGGCGCCACGGCGGAAUGGAUCCAACCGGACCAGUCGAGCGCUCUGACGGUGGAGACGACAGCGUAUGUCCUGAUGGCUGUUCUGCUGAAGGGCAUGAUCCCGUACGCCAAACCCAUCCUGAACUGGCUGACCCAAGACCACCACUACGGAGAGGGCUUCUACUCUGUUCAAGACUCGGUGAUCACUCUUGAAGCCAUCUCCCAGUACAGUCGGCUCGUCCGUCACGUCGACCUUGACCAGGACAUCACCGUCCGCUACAGCAGGAAAGGCUCGCUGGGUCAGGUCCAGCUCACAGCCAGCCGACCGGUUGCCACACCGAUCCAGGUGACUCAGGAUGAUGACAUCCAAGUCAUGACGGGUUAUGGAAGGGGCGUGUCCAACGUCAAGAUGAAGACCGUGUUCUAUCAGAUGGCACUACCGUCGCACAACUGUCACUUCGACCUGACGACGGACAUGACGCAAGUCCCGGGGAUUGCUCCACACCUGGUUGUGUGUGUUCGAUACAAGCCGCCGGUCAACGAGGUCGCCAGCAGUUCUGGUCUGACCGUGAUGAAGAUCCAGCUGCCCACCGGUGUGGACCCCCACCUGGAGGACCUGAGAGAGUACCGGGACUACUCCAGUCUGAGACAGACGGAGCCACUCCUGUCGCACUUUGAGCUUCAGGGGAACACUCUGACCCUCCAGAUGGAGUCGGUUCCGUCCGCCAAUUUUUCCUGCUUUGCCUUUCGAUUCCGGACCAGUUUCAUGGUACGCGGUGCCCGUGAGCCACUCAUCAGUGUGUUUGAGCCCCAGAACAAAGGAAGCCUGUGCAGCAGCCACUUCUCACUACAGCAGAAGAAGCUGCAGCGACUCUGUGUGGACGGUGACUGUCAGUGUAUGACGGUCUCGUGCGCCACGUUCAGAGGGAAGAACCACCCUCAGGUGACUCUGGAGCAGAGGAGGACCCAAACCUGUCGGCCUUCCGUCAAGUAUGCCUAUAGGGUGAAGGUGAGCGCCAGAAGAGCAGAGGGUGACUUUGAGAUCUUCACGGCCUCUGUAUCUGAGGUUCUGAGGACCCAUGGAGAAUUUGAAGCAGUGCGACCGGGUGCUGAAGUGGAUCUGAUCAAGAAGGUCACUUGCAGCUCAGUGGACAUCCAGAACCACCAGCAGUACUUGGUGACAGGCUCCAAUGGGUCGAAGCUCCAGAACCAAGUCGGGUACCGACUGGUCCUGGACUCUGAGGCGGUGCUGGAGGAAUGGCCUGAGGACUCGCAAUCCAUCCUGGACGACCUGGCUCUGGAUCUGCAACUGGACAGCUGCUACUGAUCCGGAACCUAGGGGGGACCGACCUGGACAAUGAUCGACCAACAGAACCAGGCCCUUGACGAAGAUAUGCUGAUGUGAAUAAACUGCUCAGUUGAUCUGA